CCACUGACCUACGUCAAAAUCAUAUCCUUCUCUAUGUCCUGCGCCUGCCUUAUACAGCAUUGUGACGUCACACACAUCAAUACGGGAGAAUCAGCCAUCGUUCGUUUGUGGACGGAGAUUUUAGUUAAAAACAUAUUUUAGAAGAUGUCGGCGGGGGACUCGUUAGGAGCGCCAGCUGCAGGUGGGGGUGAAGAUGGAAUUGUUGGGGGCCCUAGAACACCUCAACAAGUGGCGGCCCAAAGAAGACUUCAACAGACCCAGGCCCAAGUUGAUGAAGUUGUCGAUAUAAUGAAAACCAACGUUGAGAAAGUUCUAGAACGAGAUCAGAAGCUAUCAGAACUCGACGAUAGAGCAGAUGCUCUGCAGCAAGGAGCAUCGCAAUUUGAACAACAAGCAGGCAGACUAAAAAGAAAAUUCUGGUUGCAAAAUUUGAAGAUGAUGAUUAUUAUGGGGCUUAUCGGUUUGGUGAUCUUAGCUAUUAUUGUCAUGAAAUUUAUGCCAGAGGAAAAGCCCCCAAAUCCAUACGGGCAGUACUACCCUCCAAUACCUCCACAGCCGCCAAUGCCACCACAGACUUCGCAAGGGUCAGGCACACCUGCUCCACAAACCGGUUAAAUCUAGUCAUUUUCAUAUCACAGACACCUAAAAGAAAUUUCUUUUUCUUCUCGAUCAUAGUUUUAUUAGAUAUUUUGGAGAGAAUGUUGAGCGAAAUUAAAUUAAUCGAAAAAUAAACAAGGUUUUUGAAAAUAUGAUGAAAACCCGACGAAACUAUAAAACCAAAUUGACCCGACUACUACAACUGAUAACUGUAGUAGGAAGAAGUUUUUGAUUUUGAAUAGUAACUCAAUAUUUUCUCCUGGAUUCAACGACUAAGUUUUUUUGUUGGAAACAGAGACCUAUAACGAGAUAAAAAAUGCUAGGACUUCAAAGUCCAAAUGAACCUAACCUAUAUAUUUCGAGAGAAAUAUAUUGAAACAGAUAUCUGUUCUCUGGUAUCCACUCGAUAUUUAGUCGAUUAAAAAAAUACACGUAAUUCGAUCUAGUCAAAAUUUCCAUUUUCAACAAUACAAUAAAAAGAAAACCCCAUAAUAAUAUCGAUUAUUGAGUAUUUUCAUUUGAUAAUGAUAAACGAAACUUUUGAUGUUAGAAAUAAAUCUAAAAAAUAGUUAUCCUAGAUAACAAACUUUUCACUAGAUACUGUUAUAUGCAAAUCUAAAUUGAAACUUUCUAAAUUCUACCGUAAAACGAGAACUUGUUACUCCUCAAAAAACUACAUCAACUUGUAAAAAUGAGAUUUGUGUGAAUACAUUUGUGUAAAAUAAUUCAAUAUGUAAAUACAAUUGACAGAUCUUCAAGCAUAUAAUGAAAUUGUGAAGAUAUUAUAUAGAUUAGGAAAUAUUUGGAUGAAAAUUCACAUGUGUUAUAGCAUCAUAUACAAGGCAAGAAAAAACAAGUGUUGGUAGUUAAAAAUAACAGAAACACCAAAAUUUACGAUGUAGUAACUGAAGCGAAUUAUUCAACUUGCUUUGUAUAUGUAGCAAGAAUAUUCGAUGUCUUAUUGCGUUUAAAGUAUAUAAAUAUAUUAUAUUUAUUGAAAGACAAUGAAAAAGGUAGACAUCCAUACCGCCUACCCUCUAAAUUCAACAAGCUUUAUGGUAGAAAUUCUUCUAUGAAGCACUUUCAUCUGUCUAUAAAGCUUGAUUUAAAUGAAUAGGUACUGUAAAAGAUGGAAAUAGAAAAGGUAAAUAGUGGUUAGAACUAGAAAUUGAUGGAAUGAAAAUCUAGAAUAUAAGAGGAAUGGAGAAAAGUUCUUCAAGAUGACUAUAGCAAAAAAAAAAUCUAAAUAUUUGAUUCUAUUGGAAAAUUUAUUGUCGUUGCUCUAUUUUAUCAGUUGCAAUCUAGUAACCGGAGUUUUUACCGUAGAUUUCGCAUACUAUAUUGAAUGUAAAAGAUACUCAAUUUAUUAUUUCUAUUGCAUAUUUGUUUAUUACAAGGAGUAUAUCGAAAUUGAAUAAAAAUAUCAAAAAUCUAA